CUGUUUAUUUAUUACUGGAUAAAAUUGAUAUCGGAAAGCUCCAAUUGACAAAACACAGGUGCCGGCAAUCUACAUAAAACACACAUAAAAAUCCAAGGACAGGAAAAGCUAAAUUGAUGAAGCAAGUAUUUCGGAAGGCUCAUCUCACCAUUAAUGGCGUCGUCGUCGCCGUUCAUGACGGCCGCUGCGUCGUCAUUUCGGUUACCGUCGCUCUCUUACCGCCAAUAUUGUACUCAUUCAUUAAUCUCAUCCAACAGUUCAAAAUCCGAACCGAAACUGUGUACGUUCACUUUGAGACGUUUCUCGCUCGAAACAUCUCGCUUCUCAUCGUCGGAAAACAUACCUACACUCAAUCGAAGUGUAGUGGCUAGCUCUAAUUUGAGAUUCCCUCUGAUAUCGCCUAAUGACCAUUGGGGCAUAUGGACUGCUCUCUUCGCCACUGGUGCUUUUGGUCUAUGGUCAGAGAGAACCAAGAUUGGGGGGAUGAUUAGUGCUGCACUUGUGAGCAUCUUGUUGGGCCUUGCAGCCAGUAACAUGGGGAUUAUUCCUCACGAAGCACAUGCUUACUCUAUUGUGAUGGAAUUCAUUCUUCCUUUGACAAUCCCAUUGAUGCUGUUCAGAGCUGAUAUGCGCAAUGUGAUAAAAUCAACUGGGAAGCUCCUCUUGGCCUUUUUGAUUGGAUCAGUUGCAACCACAUUUGGAACACUAGUAGCAUUCUUGAUUGUUCCUAUGCGAUCACUAGGUCAAGAUAGUUGGAAGAUUGCUUCUGCUCUCAUGGCCAGUUAUAUAGGAGGAGCUAUAAACUAUGUUGCAGUAUCAGAUGCACUUGGUGUUUCUCCAUCUGUUGUUGCUGCAGGUGUAGCUGCAGACAAUGUUAUAUGUGCGAUUUACUUCAUGGUGUUGUUUACAUUAGGCUCUAAAAUUCCUUCAGAGGCUUUACCACCAACCAAAGAUCCGAGAAAUAAUUUGGAAGGCAAUGUGGCCACAAUACAAACAGCUACUGCACUUGCUGUUUCUUUUGCAAUCUGCAAAGUUUCAACACAUAUCAUUCAAGUUUUAAAAUUGCCAGGUGGCACUCUUCCAGCAAUUACUGCAACUGUUGUGAUUUUGGCAACUUUACUUCCAAGACAAAUUGGUUACCUGGCACCUGCUGGUGAUGUUGUUGCUGCAAUUUCAAUUCAGGUAUUUUUUGCUGUAUUGGGUGUGAGUGGGAGCAUAUGGAAUGUUAUCAUGGUUGCUCCAAGUGUGUUUGUGUUUGCCUUUAUUCAAGUCACAGUGCAUCUUAUUGUGAUUCUUGGACUGGGAAAGUUACUCAGAUUAGACCUAAAGUUACUACUUUUAGCAUCAAAUGCUAACAUUGGAGGUCCUACAACAGCAUCUGGGAUGGCAACAGCCAAAGGUUGGGGCUCUUUGGUAAUUCCUGGAAUUCUUGUGGGUAUAUUUGGAAUUUCAACCGCAACAUACCUUUCCUAUUUCUUUGGAACUUUUGUUCUCAAAAGCAUGUCAGGGUUUCUGUAACAUUUUGGCUAUCAACUGUCUGCGAUUUCUUGUUCCUAAACUUCUAAUUAUGCUCUCGAUAGGUGACUAAGCAUCUAGAAAUUUCAUACAGUAUUAUUAUCAAACAAGUGGAGGACUUUCACAUAGGAUUAUCAUCAAA